AUGGGCGAUUCCUUCGCGGGCGCCGUGCCCGAGAAGAUCAACUUUGCCGAGGAGGAGCAGCGCGUACUGCAGGAAUGGAAUGAAAAGAAGAUUUUUGAGAAGUCUGUAGAGUUGUCCAAGGGCCGGAAGCGCUACACUUUCUUCGACGGUCCGCCGUUUGCGACUGGGUUGCCGCAUUAUGGGCAUAUUCUUGCUGGUACCAUCAAGGACAUUGUGACGCGAUGGGCACACCAGAGCGGGUACUACGUGGAACGGCGUUUCGGAUGGGAUACACAUGGAAUGCCAGUGGAGUUCGAAAUUGAUAAAAUGCUGGGCAUCAAGGGCCCAGCCGACAUCCAUGCAAUGGGAAUCGGCAACUAUAAUGCCGAAUGCCGGAAAAUUGUCAUGCGCUAUUCAGCGGAAUGGGAGACUAGCGUGAAUCGACUCGGAAGAUGGAUCGAUUUCAAGAACGACUACAAGACGCUGUACCCCUGGUUUAUGGAAUCUGUGUGGUGGGCCUUCUCCGAGCUCUACAAGAAGGGCCUCGUUUAUCGUGGCGUCAAAGUCAUGCCCUACUCGACGGCAUGCAGUACGCCCAUCUCCAAUUUUGAGGCCGGACAGAAUUAUAAAAUGGUCAAGGACCCAGCAGUCUGCGUCGGGUUCAAGGUCGAAAACACGGAGAAGCGGUACCUAGUCGCCUGGACGACUACCCCGUGGACUCUUCCUUCCAACUUGGCCAUUGUUGUGCAUCCUGAUCUCGAAUACGUCGUUGCUAAAGAUAAGGCCACUGGCAACGAGUACAUUGUCAUGGAGGCGCGACUUGGCGAGCUCAAGCUCCCUGACCUUGAGAUUGUCGAAAAGUUCCUCGGCAAAAAGUUGGAAGGCACGCUCUAUGAGCCCCUCUUCCCCUACUUCAAACAUAUGCGUCAGCAGACGAACGCCUUCCGCGUCCUGACCAACACAUUUGUUACCACCGAUCAGGGUACGGGCGUUGUGCACGAAGCCCCCUAUUUCGGAGAGAUCGAUUUCCACUGCUGCCUGGAGAACGGCAUCAUCACGAAAGACAUGAAAAUUGUCUGCCCUGUUGAUGAGACGGGAAAAUUUACUUCCGAUGUCACUGAAUGGGCAGGAAUGUAUGUGAAGGAUGCUGAUAAGCUUAUCAUCAAGCAUUUGAAGGACAAUGGGCACUUGGUCCAUCGCGGCGAGGUCGAGCACUCUUACCCGUUCUGCUGGCGCUCGGAGACGCCGCUUCUCUACAAGGCCGUGCCGUCGUGGUUCGUGCGCGUCGAAGAUAUCGUUCCCAAGCUGCUCGAAAACAAUGAGAAGACAUAUUGGGUCCCUAACUUUGUGAAGGAGAAGCGCUUCGCUAACUGGCUGCGGGAUGCCCGUGACUGGGCUGUGUCGAGAAAUCGUUUCUGGGGUACUCCCAUCAAUCUUUGGGUAUCGGAUGACGGCGAAGAAGUGGUUCCCAUCGGCUCUAUUGCCGAGCUCGAACAACUCAGCGGGAAGAAGAUCACCGAUUUGCACAGGGAGAGCGUUGACGACAUCACGAUCCCGUCUCGCACGGGGCGCGGCGUGUUGAAGCGCACCUCCGAGGUGUUUGACUGUUGGUUCGAGUCCGGGUCGAUGCCGUACGCGCAGAACCAUUAUCCCUUCGAGAAUAAGGACCGUUUUGAGGAGAACUUCCCGGCCGAUUUCAUUGCCGAGGGUAUCGACCAGACACGAGGCUGGUUUUAUACGCUGCUCGUGCUUUCGACUGCGCUUUUUGAUCGUCCUCCGUUCAAGAACCUUAUCUGCAACGGCCUCGUCUUGGCCGAAGACGGCAACAAGAUGUCCAAGAGCAAGAAGAAUUUCCCAGAUCCGAUGCUGGUCGUCAACAAAUAUGGAGCAGAUGCCUUGAGGUUGUACCUGAUCAACUCACCCGUCGUUCGUGGCGAGAACCUGCGCUUCCGGGAGACUGGGGUCAACGAGCUGUUGAAGGACGUUUUCCUGCCCUGGUUCAACGCUUAUCGCUUUUUGGGCCAGAAUAUCAAGGCAUUUGAGGAGUCCGGCUCCAAGUUUGCUCUCAAGGAGCUCCCGAAGGACGCGAAUGUCAUGGAUCGUUGGAUCGAAUCGUUCACCAACUCGUUGGGAGAGCUUGGCGUUGACCAGCAGGUCGUCUCGCUAUCGGUGUUGACUCGCGUCUUGUCGAUCAUCUGCCGUCUGAUGGCGCCGUUCACGCCAUUCUUUACGGAAUAUGUCUGGAAGCAAAUUCUGCCGUUGACUGGGGCAUCUGAGGAAUCCGUGCAUUUCACCCUCCUGCCGCAACCGGACGAGAGCGUCAUCGACGAGAGCGUCGAAACUAGCGUUCAGGCCAUGCGCUCCGUGAUGGAUUUGGUUCGCGUCGUCCGUGACAAGAAGGGCAUUGCGGUCAAGUACCCGUUGAAAGAGAUGGUUGUCAUCAACCGGGACAAGACUUUCCUGAGUGCUGUGCACGAGCUCGAGCAGUACAUCCUCUCCGAGCUGAACGUUCGAAAACUGGUGGUCAGCAGUGACAAGGACCAAUACGGAGUUCAGCUAAAGGCUGAACCUAAUUUCCGUCUACUGGGCGCUCGUCUGAAGGGUGACCAAAAGAAGGUCGGCGAAUAUCUCAAGAAGGAGAUCAGCCAAGCCGAGUUGGAGAAGUUCCUGAAUGAAGGAAAGCUCGUCGUCCUGGGCCACGAGUUGACUUCUGAAGAGGUGACGGUGAAAUACGGUGGCGUUGGCGACGACCAGGCCAGCCAUCACGAAUAUCACUCGGAUGCCAAUACUAUCAUUGUUGUGGACGUAUCCGAGGAUGAUUCCCUGGUCGAGGAGGGUCUUGCCCGCGAGGUGACAAACCGCAUCAACAAGCUGCGCAAAGCGGCCAAGCUCAUCCAGAGCGACCGGGCGACGAUCUACUGCACCAUCAGCCCGCCAGACUGCAAGUUGGCAACCGUUCUCAAAGCGCACAAGGAUAACGUGGAAAAGGCCACAAAUACGCCACUGGUGUUCGAGGCUUUGCCGAAGUCGGAAAAGGCCGCAGCUGUAUUGCCGGACAAUUUGACGAAAAUCAAGGAUGCUGGAGAAAUUCGGUUGUGGCUGGUCGGCACUUCAUCGGCUCCUGCAACUGCCUCAGAUGACAGCGUCACCGUCAGCCACAAAGGCACCUCAUUCACCCUGCGCCUGACCGCCGGGGAACAGCGUUUGACAAAAUACUCGGAUCUGGUUUACGAGGUCCGAUCUGCACUAAACCUCUGGAGCGGCGCUCUGAAGUUGACGCUGCCUGAUGGAUCAGCUGUGCAUGCCACGAGCGACGUCCAAUCCCUUCGCGGCCAAUCCCUCUCCGUCACCCUC